AUGUCCUUCUCUCAUCUUCCAGCAGCCUUGAAGUGUAUACAAGGCUAUGAUGCUACCCAAGCUCCGACAGAAUGUUCCAGUGGUUUCGGCACCUGUGUGACCAUCAAGGAUGAGUACACACUGACUGACCCAAAGUUUAAUGCAACAUUCUAUACAUGUGGGAGAAUUUUGUCUUGUGCCCAUGCUUUUACCAUCACCAUAGGAGAUGGGAAACAUUUGCGCCACACCUCGGCUUGCUGUACCACAGAUGGCUGCAAUGCAAACUUAAAAUGGGGAGUUCCUCCAGCUUCUUCGAGAAAGAAUGGGCUCAUUUGCCCAAUUGGAUGUUUUGCUGACACAGAGGAAACCUGCAUAGGCGGAAAAGUCUCAUGCACAGAUGCAGAAAAUACUUGCAUCAAUGUAACAGGGACCUAUGGCCCUAAGGAAGAUUCCAAGUCUUUUGUCGUGAAGGGUUGUGGAACAAGCAACGUGGGUGAACUCUAUAGCCUAAUCGGGUUCAUUAACGGAACCUGCUACAAAAUGCGAACCGCAAUAUGGAAGCCUGCUAAAUCCUCCAGCACCAACCAUAUUCUGGGCAAGAGAUCCUUUCUCCUCCUGCUACCCAGUAUCUCCAGCAUUCUCUUCAUGAAGUUUCUCUCCUGAGUUUUGUUCCCAUGCCAGGCAAUUUGUAGGAUCCAUGCUGUGAACUUUUGGGCACCGGAAUGGACAAAUCUGUCAAGAUCAGGGCUCUUAAGUUUCUCAUUUUAAAAAAAAUCUUAAA